AUGGAUUUAAGUCUUCCUUGUGUUUUGGAAGAUCUAGAUGAGUUUGUUUUGGAAGUGGCACAUCAUGACUGUGGAGAUAGGAUAGCUGCAGCAGAUAUGAAAUGUAGAAUCCACAUAUUAGAUUUAUUACAUAUAUCUAAUAUAUAUGGUGAGGUAUUACUUGAAUGGAUUAAGACUGCUGAGUUAAGUAGUGAGGAGACAUUAGGAGCAAUCAGAAAAAUUUCUUGGUCUCCUCACAAAUUUGGUCAAAUAUUUGCUGUUGGAUUUUCAAAUAAAACUGUUUGUGUAUGGAGUGAAAUUAGACAUGGUUAUCAUGAUUCUUAUCACUUUGUAAGAAAUAGAAGUUUACAAAUAAAUGAAGAUUAUACUUUGGACAAUAAAGAAUUACCCUUAAAGAUGUGUAAAGAUUAUGCAUGGAAAUGCGUAGUAUCUUUUAAUAUAUUCAAUAGUUAUGUGACAGAUGUUAAAUUUGCACCCUCAGAAUAUGGGCUAAUUUUAGCUGCUUGUGACUCAUCAAAUAAGGUUGCGUUAUUCACUUGUAAUAAUAUCCUUACUAAAUCUAAUUGGGAUGUUGAAAUAAUUAUUUUAGAUGAUCAGCAAAGAUAUCAAUCUUUGACUGAAACACCAACAAAUAUCCCAACUUAUUUGGACUGGGUCCCUUUUGAGAGUAAUAUGGGACUUACAAUGGUUGUAGCUUCUGGAUAUUUUAUUUAUAUUAUAAGUUAUAUUGAUCAAUCUUGGAAAUGCCUAGAAACUAUUAAAGUAAAUGAAUGUGAUAUAAUUAGAGAUAUUUGUUGGAGUCCUUAUGUUUGUUGGAUUGAUUAUAGUCGUUUUGUAACAGUACAUAAUGAUGGUUGUAUAAUAUUAUGGAGAACUAAAGAUGUAGAAGAUUCUAAAGUUUCUCAUACAACUCUGGAAUAUGUAUAUAAAAAAGAAAUUAUACAAAUGUCUAGAUUAAAGAUUUCUAAACCAUUGUAUAAAGUAUUAUGGCAUAACUUAGGACAAAUGUUUACAACUAGUAGUUAUGAUAAAUCGCUCAAUCAUUGGAUUGUUAAUGAUUAUGGACAAAUGAUUGAUGUUACUGAAUUUAAAGAAAUUUACAUAUAG